GAAAAAAAGCUCGUGUCACUGUGAGUUCAAAGUUCAAACUCCCAGUGUGAGGAGCCGAAGGUCCCGCCCCACUUGGAGAUAACUUCACCUCAUCCGACCUCACUGCUCAACCCAUCCACACACACGCCUAUUCCUGCCCACCUCACGCAAUCAACACUUCACCAGGCCAACCCAGCCCGUAAACGCUAAACAUACGCGGCUUGUCGGACUUUGUUCCUUCUCAUCGCCACUUACCAAAUCCCGGCCGAAAGAUAAGUCCAGAACAACAAGGGUGUACUCUCGCCCGGCUACUCAACGCAUCACGUUUCCCAGAAACCGCAGACUUUCCACCCACACUCAACCUAAACGCCAAGACCACAAUCCAGACUCACAUCAACAACCUAAACAACAACCAAAAAAAAAAAAACAAUGCCUCCCCGGAUCCCAACCCCAGAAGACUUCACCCAAGUCCAAAAAGUCCUCCCCCUAACCCUAGCCUUCCCAAAUCCCCCAGAAUCCACAACCGCAAUCCUCCUCCUCUUCCACGGCCUAGGCGACUCCGAGGCCCCCUUCGCCUCCUUCGCCCGCGCAAUGUCCCUCCCGGGCGUCCUCUCCAUCUCCCUCCGCGGUCCCUCCCCGCUGCCCCCGUCCAUGCUGCCCGAUGACGGUCACCCCUCCUCCACCUCCUCCGCAAACCCCGGUCACUUCCACUGGGGCGACGACAUCACCUUCGACCCCUCCACAGACGCCCUCGCCACGGACCCGGGCUUCUCCAAAUCCUCCACCCUCGUCGUCGACCGCCUCAUCCGCGACGCCCUUGUCGCCCGCUGCGGCUGGGAGCUCAGCGACAUCAUCCUCUUCGGCUUCGGCCAAGGCGGGUCCCUGGCCUUGGGCAUCGCAUCGCAGCUCCGUCUCGGCCCAAAAGUCGUAGACGUGACUGAGUCCUCCAAUCCCACCCCUGCUGCUUCCUCUGCAUCUAAAACCAAGAGGAACGACAGCCACUUUGACGAAAACACCCUCAAAGGCGUCCUCUCGAUCGGAGGUCCCCUGCCACCCUCCAUGGUUCCCACAGUCAGCACGCGGGGCAAGUGCAAGACGAAAGCGUGUCUUGUCCAGCUUGACGACGACGCCUUUGACGCCGUAAAGGAAGAGUUCCUCGAUGUCAGAGUCGUCAACUGGAAGAGGAAGGACGUGGCCAUGCCCCGUGAUCGGGACGAGAUGUUCCCCUUGAUGCAGUUCUUCGCAGAAUGCCUCAAGAGCGGUUGGUGAAGUGGCCUUGAGCUAAACGAGUUACGAAUCGAACUGGA